UUGCAGGACUAUAAAGCACCAUCAGACGGGGUCACCUUGCUUUUUCCCCCCAUCUUUCUUAUCUCUGAUAUCUAAUUGCCGUUGGAAUAUGGAAUCUGCCAUCUUGAUGUUCCUCCUUGUUAUUAUUAUUAUAUCCAGAUUCCUGUUAUGGUCCUGUCUCAGCACUUACAUAGACUACAAGUUAGCAAAGAGAUUUCCAGACAAACUUAAGAAUGAAUGAUGGGGUUUUUUU